AUGUUACCUGGUCUCGCGCUAACACCGAUGCGAGUAAUGAAUCUCAGCCGACCGCUAAGUAUUUACACUGUUCAGUUCCUGCUUACGGCCGACGACGCAAUCGCUUGUCGCGACUACGUGCUGGCAAAUGAAGACUACAUUAAUGUUCCGGAAAGGCAAAAAAGCAACGAAAGAGCCAUCGAAGUUCGCCAAAAAGGCAACAAACUGUAUCGGAUGAGGAAUUUUCAGGAGGCUUUAGAGAAGUACAACGAGAGUAUCUGCUUGGCGGAAACAGAUUCACCGCACCUGGCUAUCGGUUAUGGAAACAGGUCAGCUGUCUAUUUUGAACAAGAAAAUUAUCGUCUAGCCUUAAGAGAUAUAAAAUUCGCGAAAGCACACAACUGUCCCGAGGAUCUUUUGCAGAGACUUUUGACUCGUGAGGCUAAUUGCAAUGAGAAAAUUCGUAAUCUUAACCCAAAUCUUGAACAAUUUCGGCGCGUACCAGUAAACCUUCCAGGAAAUCCUCGAAUCCCUUUCUUGGCGGAUGGGAUUCGGAUGCAACAACUGCCAGGUUACGGCCGCAGUAUGAUGGCUGAUCGAAACUUCAGAACUGGUGACGUUAUUUUGCAGGAAAAAUCGCUAAUCUCUGCUGUCAACGAUGAAAUGAAAUAUUUGCACUGCGAUUAUUGUUCGGCUAAAAAUCGUCACAGUUUGAUUCCUUGUCCAAACUGCCCGUCAGUGAUGUUUUGCAAUCAGGAGUGUCUCCAGCAAGGAUUACGAUUCGCACAUCGGUUCGAGUGUGGAAUUUCUACGAAACUUCAUCAUUUAUCACUAAUCGCUGUUCGGUUGGCUCCUCGGAUGUUCUUCCGCGCCCUUACGCUUUUUGACGACAAUGUCGAGCGCAUGAUGAAGUUCUGUAAGACGAAUGCUAGAAACGGAAGUGAUCCGCUGAGCUUCGAUUAUACUAACUACGAUCCAAUCGAAGAAUUCAAACUUUUCCAAAAAAUGUACAUUCCCAGUGACAACACUGCUAGGGAUGGAGACACUGACAUACAUCACAUGCUGCAUGCGGCUGUUUUCUAUUCAAUCUAUAUUCAGCAACCUCUUGUUAAAUCUAUUUUUACUACUGAAAAGCAGAAGCUGUUUAUGAUCCGCUGCAUGCAGGACUAUUUUAGGUCUAUCAAGCAUCUUAUCAUAGUCUCUGACAGCUUCAUAAACCACAUCUUCCCAGUCGCAUCUAUCUGUAACCAUUCGUGCGACCCUAAUGUAUUUUGUAUAAACUUUUCGGGUCAAUUGAAGUACAUCGUUAAUCGCCCCAUAGCCAAAGGUACACAGAUUACCAUCUCUUACGGGCCACUGUUUCGAAUAUUUCCUCCAGCUGCAAACAAACACUUAAUGGACUCAAUUCAUUUCCGUUGCAUUUGUGACAUUUGCGAUAAACGGAAGUAUGCGGAGCGUAUAUUGAAGGAAACACUACAGCCAGCAGUUGCUGAGCGACAUUAUGAAACAUUAGUAGGAGUAGUGGCCGAACAUAACUUCAAUAUGGCAGCCAAAUUGAACGCAAUCGAGCAAUAUAUCGAAAAGUUCGCUCGGAUUAAUACACAGAAAUAUUUCUACGAGGUUCUAAUGUUUGCAUACCCAGAAGUUGACAGCGAUCACUGUAAGUUGGUAGCUGCAAGAGAUCACGCCAAAGUAGGAAUCUCGAACGAAUUUUCGUUGCACCGAUUCUAUUCUAGCAAUCCAGGUACUCUGGUACGGACACCAAACAACAGAACUGGUUUCGAGUAUCGGACGCACUAA